AUGAGUGUUGAACUAUUGGUUCAACAACCCGGUCGACAUCAUCUUCCCAUACUCCAUCCCUUACCCGAAGGAGACACUACAUGGUUCAACAAGUCGCACAAUGGCAUUAGCAAGAGCAUUAACGAGAUGAUGUAUUCCAUGCUGAAGACUGGCUAUAAGACCUAUAGCAAACAAGAAAUUAAUUGGGCAUCUGGGGAUUCGACAGUCGUCCGUAAGGCGUUCCACAAAAAGGCCAUGGAGAUUUACAUAAAUCAGAUUUAUGAGUGGAAACAGCUAUGGCAUAAGGGCAAGAAACCGAAAUUUAUCAACUCGAAGGUUUGGCAAGACUUAGAGGUGCAUUGGUCGAAGCAGGAGACUGAAGAGCAAUCAGCGAAGAACUCCCAGAACCGCUUGAGCGACCGUGGUGGACUAGGUGUUUAUGUCCACAACCUCGAUGCUUGCAGUAUGUCCUCUAAGGAGGAUCAACUUGUUGCGGCAAAUGACGGUAAUCCCGCCGAUUAUCUCGAUGUCUGA